AUGAUGUCCUUAUCGUAUAUUAAUCAACAACUGACAAUUUAUCUUGGAAUAUUUCUGUUAAUCAUCGGUGUAAUCGGCAAUGGUUUAAAUAUUUGGAUAUUUUCAAGUACUUCAGCAUACCGUCGAACUCCGUGUACGUUUUAUUUUCUUGCUAAUUCAGUCGACAAUAUUCUAUUCAUUGGUAUUAAUCUUAUAUCUCGUGUAGUAAGUAUUGGUUUUAAUUUUGAUUUGACUCAAACGUCAGUGUAUUGGUGUCGAGCACGACAAUAUUUCAUUGCUGUGUUUGGUCUUUUUUCAUUUACAUGUGCAUGUUUAACUUGA